AUGGCUGCGCGUGUGGUUAAGUCGUUUAUUAAUGGCAAGUACGUAACCCCAAAGGCUCUGAGCCAAUCAUUUACUCUAUUAAAUGCCGCUACUCGUGCACCCGAGACAUCCUUCUCAGCUGCCGAUAAGGCUCAAGUAGACGAUGCUGUAGCUGCUGGUCGCUCUGCUCAGCGCCAUUGGAAGCGUCUGAGUCCAGCGCAACGUGGUGCAAUUUUGCGCAAAGCUGCGGACAUUCUGACGGCUCAAACGGAUGAGAUUGCGAUGCUGGAAACGCUGGAUACCGGUCGUCCCAUUGCUGAGACCAAGGUUACUGAUGUCUUGAGUGCUACGGACUGUUUAAAUUACUAUGGAGGCGUGUGUCCAUCAAUUGGUGGGCAGCAUUUGGAGCUCACUGGAGGUAGCUGGGCUUAUACUAAGAGAGAACCAUUGGGCGUUACAGCAGGUAUUGGAGCCUGGAAUUAUCCGUUACAAAGCGCAGCAUGGAAAUCUGCACCUGCUUUGGCAUUUGGGAACUCGAUGGUGUUCAAACCGUCGGAGGAGACACCACUGACAGCUUUGAUUUUAGCUGAAGCUUAUCUUGAAGCAGGAGUACCUGAAGGUGUUUUUAAUGUUGUACUAGGAGCAAGUGAGACGGGAAAAGCACUCGUGCAACAUGAAGAUAUUGCCAAGGUGUCGUUUACAGGUUCUGUGGAGACUGGGAAGAAUGUUUAUACUGAAGCUGCCAAGCAUUUGAAGAAAGUGACGAUGGAACUUGGAGGCAAAUCACCUUUGAUUGUCUUUGAAGAUGCUGAUGUUGAAGAAGCUGUAGCAGGAGCCAUGAUGGGCAAUUGGUACUCCUCGGGGCAAGUGUGCUCAAAUGGCACGCGAGUGUUUGUGCAGAGGGCAAUCUUUAAGAAAUUUGUACAGCGUAUGCAUGAACGCACGCUAAAGUUACGAAUUGGAGAUCCAUUGGAUCCAACCACGGACAUUGGUCCGAUGAUUAAUGAGAAACACAUGAAGCUUGUGCAGAGCUAUAUCAAGAAGGGUGUGGCGGAAGGUGCUACUUUACUAAAAGGUGGAGGUCAACGUAUGAUGCCGUCAGAAGCCACCAAGAACGGAUUCUUUUUAACACCGGCUAUUUUUGUGGACUGUAUCGAUGAGAUGGCUAUUGUACGUGAAGAGAUCUUUGGCAUGGUCAUGUGCAUCUUGCCGUUCGACACUGAGGAGGAGGUAUUAGCCCGUGCUAAUGAUACAAUCUUUGGUUUGUCGGCGGGUGUCUUUACGAAGGAUAUCACCCGUGCACAUCGAAUGAUUGAUGAGCUGCAGGCUGGUACCACAUGGAUUAACAACUACAAUCUCGCUCCUGUGGAGACCCCAUGGGGUGGUUACAAGAAAUCUGGUGUCGGCCGUGAAAAUGGUCUUGCAGGUAUUAACUCGUGGACGCAAUUGAAGUCUGUUUACGUUGAGAUGAAUGGUGUGGACUGUCCCUACGCUAAAUAA